UGUGCGUGUGUGUGUGUGUGUUGUUGUGUGUGUGUCACUCGUCACUCUGAGCGUUAACUGGAGCAGAUUUAAUGGGAUGAGCUGCAGAUUUUUCCUCAGAUUAACGUAAUUCCAGCUGUGAACAGAAGUGGGAAGUGGACGCUCGUAACGACCCGGUUCUGUUAGAACCAGUGGGAAGUGGACGCUCGUAACGACCCGGUUCUGUCAGAACCAGUGGGAAGUGGACGCUCGUAACGACCCGGUUCUGUUAGAACCAGCUCGGCUGGCCUGAAGCAGGAACCUGUGGAGAUGGAGGGAUUUUGAGACUUUCCUGUUUGCUGCCUGAAAGGUUCUUGAGAAGCUGACCCAGCAGAACCGGGUCAGUGCAACGCUGCGUUCUUGUGUGUUCUGCAGCAUGUGACGGGCCGGUCGGGUCCUGCUGGACAGAUGGACUGAUGUCAGAUGGUUUUCUGGCUUGAAGACUUUCAGGUUUCUAGAGAUGAAGAGUCUGUGUCUUCUCAGCGUCCUCGCCCUGCUGGUCCUGUCCCUGUGGGCGGAGCCAGGAUCCCUGAUGCUGAACUCUGUGGUUCUCCGUGAACCAAGAACAGGGAGACCAGGAGGACAGGUUCUGCCGCCCCCCAGGAGGAGGAGGAGGAGCUGGGUAUGGAACCAGUUCUUUGUUCUGGAGGAGGACCCUGGAGACCAGCCUGUGUAUGUGGGCAAGCUCCACUCUGACAUGGAUAAAGGGGACGGUCAGGUGACGUACUACCUGAGUGGUGAAGGAGCCAUGUCCACCUUCACCAUCGAUGCGCUAACAGGAGACAUCCACGCCAUCAGGAGGCUGGACCGGGAACAGCAGGCCUACUACACCCUGACAGCCCAGGUCCGAGACCGGAACACCCACCUGCUGCUGGAACCCGAGUCCCAGUUCAUCAUCAAGGUCCAGGACAUCAACGACAACGCACCCAGGUUCCUUAACGGGCCGUACUCGGCCAGAGUUCCUGAGAGGUCCCCUGUAGGAACAUCCGUGGUCACGGUGGCGGCGACAGAUGCUGACGAUCCAACUUAUGGAAACUCGGCCCGGCUGGUUUACACCAUUCUGCAGGGUCUGCCCUAUUUCUCUGUGGACCCAAAGACAGGAGUUGUGCGGACUGCUCUGCCUGAUAUGGACCGGGAGAUCCGUGAUCGGUACCAGUUGGUCAUCCAGGCAAAAGACAUGAUGGGUCAGCGGGGGGGUCUGUCAGGAACCACAGUGGUUACUGUGACACUGACUGAUGUCAACGACAACCCGCCUCGAUUCCCUCGCAGGAGUUACCAGUUCACCGUCCUGGAGUCAGUCCUGGUCUCAUCUGUUGUAGCCAGGAUUAAAGCUGUGGAUCUGGAUCUGGGUCCAAAUGCUGAAGUGGUCUACCGUAUUCUGGAUGGAGAUGGACUGGGAACCUUCAGGAUCACCACUGAUCCAAACACCCAGGAAGGUCUGGUCACUCUGCUGAAGAAUCUGAACUUUGAAAAUAAAUCCAGCUACACCUUGAAGAUCGAAGCCUCUAAUCGACACGUGGACACUCGUUUCCUGUUGGUGGGGCCAUUCAGCGACGUGACAAUGGUCAGACUGCUGGUGGAAGAUGAGGACGAACCUCCUGUCUUCUCCUCCUCUCUCAGUCACAUGGUGGUUUCUGAGGGGGCUCCGGUUGGAACCAGUGUGGGGUCAGUUUCAGCUCAUGACCCAGAUGGCUCCAACAGUCCAAUCAGGUACGCUGUAGACAGGAAGUCAGAUAAAGAGCAUUUCUUUGACAUUGACAGCAGCUCAGGUACCAUCAGAAUCAGCAGAUGUCUGGACCGAGAACUCAGAGUUAUGCAUAACAUCACAGUCCUUGGAACUGAGACCUUGGAUCCAUCCCAAGUUGGCACAGCGGUGGUUUUGAUUUCUGUAACAGAUGUUAAUGAUAAUGCUCCUAGGUUUGCUAGUGAAUACUGGACUUCCGUCUGUGAGAACGUGAAGCCUGGACAGAUCAUCCAGACUCUGAGUGCUGUGGAUCCAGAUGAUCCAGAGAACGGACAUCACUUCCUCUUCUUUCUGACUAGAGAGUCUGCUGUGAACCAAAGCUUUACCCUGAGAGACAACAGAGACAACACCGCCUCAGUCCUGACCCUGCAGUCCGGUCUCCUGCGGCGGGAUCGGUCCGUCCACCUUCUUCCCGUGGUGAUCGCUGAUGGCGGCAGUCCGUCUCUCAGCAGCACCAACACGCUGACCAUCACCGUCUGUCACUGUGGUGUCCAUGGCAACCAGCUGUGCGGUCAGGAAGCGCCGUGGCGUGGUGGAGUGGGGACCGCCACCGCCGCCGUCCUGACCUGUGUGCUGACAUUCCUGGGUGUAGCGAUGGUAUCUGCCGUCGUCAGAUCCAGGAGGAUGGAGCCUCAGACCACUGAAUACGAGCAGGACAUCCAGGAGAACAUCGUCUGUUAUGAUGAUGAGGGUGGAGGAGAGGAGGACACCAUCGCCUUUGACAUGUCCGCCUUGAGACACCUGAACCACAUGAACCCGCCCGCUGGGUGUGGCACCACUGAGCCGCAGACGGUGACCCAGAAGACCAGACUGCUGCAGGAGUUCAUCAGAAAGCGGCUCCAGGAGGUGGAGGUGGAUCUGACAGCACCAUCCCUCGACUCCCUGGAGACCUACGCCUUUGAGGGGAGCGGCUCUGCGGCCCCGUCGCUCAGCUCCUUCAGCUCCUGCAGCUCCUCAGAGUCUGAGCAGAACUUCAGCUUUCUGAGGGCGUGGGGGCCGAGCUUCAGGAAGCUGGCCGACCUGUACGGACCCCGCCUGGGGGGCGGGGGGGCCGAUUGGACGGCAGGUGGAGGAUGUGUUGUCAGCACCACGUCAAAGUGUGAAGGGAAAACAUGACAUUCUGUGAUGCUGGAGACAUAAAAAUGGAAAAUGUUCUUUAAAAGUUGUUACAGCAUUCCCUGAUCAUGCUCUGCUAAAAAGAAACUUCUCCUAAAUCAGACGGACAACACACAGUUUGUCCAUUAAUUGUUGACGUUGUGUGGCUGCCUGAGAGCAGAGUUACAGGGAAAGGGGGGGGGGGGGUCUUCAUCUGGUCUGCAGAGGUCCGCUCAGACCGAGCCAGCACCCGCCUGUAACUUUGUUUUAGCCCCACAUUCUACUUUUCUAGGGACACAGUAGAUGACACUGUGAAUCAUAAAGAAAAUAUUAUUAAGUAAUUAUUAUCAUUUACUAAGCAAAUUCAGCUUUCUUCAGACAGAAUAAGAUGGAUAGAAGAGGAGAGAGAAUCUUCUCAGAUCUUCAAGCCUCUGAUGGAGAUAACUGAGAACGGUCCUCCGUCUCCAGCAGCCGGGAUGCUGAGCAGUCUAGUCUUCAGCUCCUACUGCAGAUAAACUGUUUAAAGAACAUUAGAACUGCUCCAGAACCCAUCAGACCUGUCAUCACCCCCCACUGAUCAUGGCAUCUCUCUGUUUCAUCAUCUCAAACAAUGAUUAAAAUUGUUGUGACUGUUUAUACUUUUCUGUCAUAUUUAUAUUGCAGCCUGCUUUGAUUGUUUAGAGUAUUCACCAAUAUAAUUGGUAUAGUCUAUUUUAACUUGUAUUGUGUGCUAAUAAUAAUCUUCUUGUUUGCUUUUAGUGAGACAUAUUUCCAUCCCGACAACAGAUAAAAACGAGCCUUUUGGCUAAUCCUGAUGCAUUUACAGCAACAUGAAUGAAUCUACAUUGUACCUGCCGGAUAAAUGAACAAAAUAAUAAAAACGCCAUAAAGGUCUUCU